AAUCCCAUCUCCUGCCCCUCCCUCUCUCCCGAGGAGGCCGCUGUCUUCCUCUCCUCGUCCAUCUCCCGCUAACGACGCUCCCGCCCUGGGCCCUCGCAUGAACGUGAGCGGACAGGGAUAUGGGAGUCGCAGCUUCGCGAGCCGAUGAGUUUGCCCCCACUCAAGAAUCCACCGAUGGCGACCUUCCUGAAUCUUCCGCUUCUUUAUCCAACGAUGAUCGCAACGGAAGCAGUCUCGCCAACAUUACCAUCACCGAGUUCAUUUGGAGCUUUGGGGGGAGCUCCGUUUACGUUACAGGCGCUUGGGACGAUUGGAGGGUAAAAGCAGCGCUCUCCAGAACUUCCCCCACCGAUUUCACAGCAGUCUUGGCUCUUCCUGUCGGCACUUUCCAAUACAAGUUUAUCGUCGAUGGAAACUGGAAACAUAGUCCGGCUCUCCCCACAGAACGGGACCAGCACGGCAACCUCAACAACAUAGUCGUAGUGAAAGCAAAUGUCCCCGAGUACGACUCCAACGUCCAAAUCUACCCGCAAGAUGUCCCCAAUUCUCCCGUCGAAUCGUACGAUUUCUCUAUACUUCCGCAAGAGGAUCACACCACUGAACCCCCUACCCUGCCACGGUUACUCGCGAGUGCCCCCCUCGAUGCCAUGACAGACGAACCACGACACGGUGCAGAUUUCGUUCGAUUCAACCACAUGUUCUCGACCAACUCGGACAUCCCGUAUGGAACGCACGAAAUCUCAACCUUGGCUUCUGAGACUAGAUAUAAGAACAAGAUUAUCACCACAAUUUUGAUCGCUUCUACAAACAAGGCUCAAGAUCGACUCUCUGUUCCUGUGCAAGGCUAUAGACAGACAAGGACCCAUCCCGUUCCGAUUACACAUCAAUCUAUGGGUGAGUCGCAGUCUUUGAUUUUGGAUGCCCUGAAUAAUGCUCUUCUAAAUUUCACAAGUCCAGUUUAUUCGACAUAUUCGUUUUUAUGUUGCCCCCGCCCUACGGAUAGCGUUCAUGCCGGGAAGAAUCUUCAAGUUCAAUUUGUUCUCUAUUGUCUUCAACUAGAACUGUAUCACGCGUCAAUGUGUCUUCAGAAAGUUGUCUAUCCCAUGCACUGUGCCCCAGGAUCUCGUUGCCGACCGGAUCGAGAAUUCACGGUGAUACGCAGCCCCUUGAUGCUUAGCCUCGAGCGUAGCGAGGACUGCAGCGUGACUGUAGGCGUAGGCGCUGAGCGGAUAGAGACGCUUCAAAAUAAGUGCAAGGAUUUUCACAAAUCUGUUCAAAAAAAACAGGUGGAGCCGAACUGGUGCCUUGACCUUGGGGUAAAGGCGUUUUCGAGAGAUGGUAAUUUUUGUCUGGCACUACGGGAAGGGGUCAUCGAUGUGAGACAGAUUGACUCACUAAAGAUGGUUUCGGCUGAAGGCAACUGGGUCGUCCUGGCGGAUCUGAAUCACGACGUUCGUUGA